AGCAACCCUAACUCAGAAACUCCUCCAGCAACCCAACUCUCAGCCAGCUCCCCACACCAUGGCCUGCUGCUCCACUAACUUCUGUGGGUUCCCCAGCUGCUCCACCGCUGGGACCUGUGGCUCCAGCUGCUGCCAGCCAACCUGCUGCCCGACCAGCUCCUGGGGAACCGGCUAUGGCAUCGGCUGUGGCACUGGCUAUGGCACCGGCUAUGGCACCGGCUAUGGCCUGGAGGGUGGCUCCGGAGCUGUGAGCUGCCGCACCAGGUGGUGCCGCCCUGACUGCCGCGUGGAGGGCACUGUCCUGCCCCCCUGCUGUGUGGUGAGCUGCAUACCCCCAUCCUGCUGCCAGCUGCACCAUGCCCAGGCCUCCUGCUGCCGCCCAUCCUACUGCGGACAGUCCUCCUGCCGCCCCGCCUGCUGUGCCUACUGCUGUGAGCCCACCUGUUGAAAAUCUCCUUCUGAUGGAAAUCCUGACAAAAUGGCACUUCAAAACUAGCCCAUGUAAAGUCCCCACCAACUUCUGAGCUCCAACACCCAUAACUCAGCUUGCAAUCUCUUGUCACAUGGCUACAUAAUUUCCCCCAAAUGUAAAUUAAUUUAUAAUGGAAGAUCAAAAGUAUUUCAUAGAGCUGGAUAUCAACAGAAGUCCUACAACGUGAAAAGAGAUAUGUAAAGCUUUACUCUAAAUAUCAUCUGAAAUAGCUCAACAAUUCACUGGAUUUUGCAUUUUUCAGUGACAAAGUCAUUGUUAGAGCUUUCUUUUCUUUGGAAUUUGUUAUGGAUAUUGGGGUACUGGGGUUUUUUUAAGUAUCAAUAAAUGUGUCAUGGUA